UAGUGUUUUUAUCGCAAUAUCGGAACUCUCAGUAUUGGUUUUUAUUCUGUUCUCGUGGGGUGUGUCCCUCAGAGCAGCACUGAGCGCUUGUUGGAGUCUGUCCGGAUGUGUAUAUGAUGUCUGAUCACUUGUUCCUCACCAGUGCGCUGCAGGCGCGCAAUGGAUUUAUUGUGGGAAUUGUUAUAUAUCGUAUUUAACCAGUUUCUCUGCUCUCUGAAUGGAUCUGAAUAAAGCAACGAUGAUAUUCGCAACUUUUUGGAUAAUGUUGCCUGUCCUUGAUUUAAUGCACUUCUCAAAGGCAGAUGCGAUCUCACAGUCUCGGUCGGUUCGGCUGGACUGCGUUAGGGCUCAUGAACAGUGUUUGGCGAAGUACGGCUGCAGCACUAAGUACCGAACCAUGAGACAGUGCGUGGCCGGGAGAGCCGGUAACUUCAGCAUGCUGGCUGAACCCGAGGCGCAGGACGAGUGCAGGAGCGCCAUAGAGUCCAUGAAGCAAAGUCCUCUGUACGACUGCAAGUGUAGGAGAGGAAUGAAGAAAGAGAAAAACUGUCUGCGCAUCUUCUGGAGUAUAUACCAAAGUUUACAGGCCAACGACUUGCUAGAGGACUCACCAUAUGAGCCAGUAAACAGCCGUUUGUCUGAUAUUUUUCGUCUGGCUCCAAUAAUAUCAGGUGAGGCGGCCUUUACGAAGGACAACAACUGCCUGAACGCCGCCAAGGCCUGCAACCUGAAUGACACGUGUAAGAAGUACCGCUCCUUCUACAUCAGUCCCUGCACCAGUAGAGUCUCAACCACUGAGGUGUGUAACAAGCGCAAGUGCCACAAGGCCCUGCGGCAGUUCUUCGACAAGGUGCCACCAAAACACAGUUAUGGCAUGCUUUUCUGCUCCUGCCCCUCCGGGGAUCACACGGCUUGCUCCGAGCGCAGACGUCAGACCAUCGUGCCAGCCUGCUCCUACGAGGACAAAGAAAAACCCAACUGUCUCUCCUUACAAGACUCCUGCAAGACCAACUACAUCUGCAGAUCUCGUUUAGCUGACUUCCUUACCAACUGUCAACCUGAGGCGCGCUCGAUUUCUGGGUGUCUGAAGGAAAACUAUGCCAACUGUCUGCUGGCAUAUUCAGGUCUUAUUGGUACGGUGAUGACUCCAAACUACCUCCGUGCCCCUGGCAUCAGCGUGUCACCUUGGUGUGACUGCAGCAACAGUGGAAACGGAAAAGCAGAGUGUGACAAGUUCACCGAGUUCUUCACCAACAACCGUUGUCUCCGCAAUGCCAUCCAGGCGUUUGGUAAUGGCACAGAUGUUGGUGUGUGGCAACCCCAGCCACCCAUCGUGUCCACUCCACCUGACCCUUUCACUCCACAGAGAGGACGAGACAGGACAUCCAACGCACUGGAUGACCCAGCACUCACCAAUGACCUGGACAGUAACGCAGACCAUCUCUACAGCUUCUGUGGAAGUCUGCAGGCUCAGAAACUGAAAAGUAAUGUUACUCUGGAUGUUCUUUGUGUGGAUCCACAGCUGAAUGACCCCAGUAGCUUUAAUGCAAUAGCUCGGAGCUCAACUAGUGCUGUCUGCCUGCUGGACUGGACUGUGCUGCUGCUGUCUCUGGUCUCAGUUCUUCUAACAGCCCCACAGACAUUAUAGCCGCUCACCGAUCAGACCUGCUGCUGGACUGCUGCUGCCGCCUCUGUACCAUACAAAAAUGUUGUAUUUUAAGUUUUUUCCGCAAGUGGUUCUGUGCGCGCUGUGGUGUUUCAGUGUGAUGAAACUAUUCUUGGUCCACCUGCUUUACUUUCUCACUUAUCGGAGAUAACGGACAAACAUGGACAUAUUUGAAUGUCAGUAAAAGGUCAUCUAGGAUUACUUCUGUUGAGAAAAACUUUCUGCAAACAGGUGUGGCCCGAACUCUUAUAUGUGGCGCAUUAUGCUGCAAUUUUUUUCUACCAUCACAGAGAGAUCUGGUCAAGAAAAAAAGAGAUGCAUGGAGAUGCAAGAACCACUUCUGACAGUGAAAGAUUGACGCAGCUUCUGCAUACUAGGGUGCUGCAGAUGAUAAAUUAUUUUCUCUGAGCUGAUGCCACAGGAAAGCCUGAAAACUCCAACUUGUACUCAAACAGUGUCAAGCAGUGCACAGAAUUUUUUUGAAGGCUUAUCAGCAAAACCUGCUGCUCCUGUCCCUUAUUAGGACCUACUGACUCAAUUUUUUGGGUUUUUUUUUUUUUUUUUUUUGGAGUUUCUAAACUCCUUUAAAUUUGUAAAUGUCACAUCUAUUUUAGCGCUUAUCCUCUCCGGUGAAACACACCAUGAGGAUGAGUGCUUAGUACCGAUUUUGCUUAUUUUGGGAACUUUUGGGACAUGCCAUUCAUCCUGGAUAUUUACUUGUAAAUACCAUCUUUGUUUACAAUGACCAUAUUAUGCUUCUCAAAGUUUAUAUCUAAUCUAGGAUUAUCUUUUCGGCUAUUGUAUCACCUUUGUU